GAGGAGUAGACGGUGUUGCAGACAGGUGCGCCUCCACAGCCCGUUUCAUUUUCUCUCGAUCCUUUCAAGUCCCAGAGCCAUGGAGACCCGUAAGGAAAACAAGGUAAGGAAACAACCCAUGAAACCCAAAGACAAGAAACGGAAAGAGAAGAAAUACAAAACAGGGCGGUUUAUAAGGAGAAAAUCGCUGCGAUCUUUUGGGAAUUUCAUGGGAAGGAUCCUUAAAACUUUGGGCACUUUAGCGCACUUUGGCGACGCGGAACCGCAGGACGCAGAGGACGACGACGGAGGGUUCGGCCAAAGCGAAACAGGAGGUUUUAAAGACAACUGUUCACAGAUAUCCAGGGACGGUACGGUGAAGAAAAGCUCCACGGUGUCCUCUGUUAGAGAUCGGCUGUCCUUAUGUUACGGGGAUAAGACUCCCGGUGUGUUGGGGCUGAAGAACCACGGCAACACCUGUUUCAUGAACGCCGUGGUCCAGUGUCUCAGUAACACGGAUCUGCUGGCUGAGUAUUUGGGUUUGGAGCAGUAUAAGUCGGAUGUGUGUCACAAGAGGGUGAACGGGGAGGUAAGAGGAGAGGAUCUGAGCGGACAGACUACCAGGGGAGAGGUGACCGAGCAGCUGGCGUCCCUGGUCCGUGCGCUCUGGACUCUGGAGUACACCCCACAGCUGUCCGUGGAGUUCAAGAGCAUUGUGGCCAAGUACGGCUCCCAGUUUCGGGGAAACUCUCAACAUGAUGCUCUGGAGUUCCUCCUGUGGCUUUUGGACAGAGUUCAUGAGGAUGCCAAUCCAAGCCUCAACAAUAACCACAGCAGCAGUAAGACCAAAGCCAGUGCUAAGGGAUCCACAUCAUUGGAGGUUCCUUCUAGUCCCAGCUCAGUCAGCUCACAGCAGCCUGGAGGCCGACACAGUUUUGUCCAGGAACACUUCCAAGCUCAGUACCGGUCUUCUCUGACGUGCCCUCAUUGCCUUAAGCAGAGUAACACCUUUGACCCAUUUCUAUGUAUCUCCCUACCGAUCCCUCUACGACAAACCAGGCCCAUGUGUGUGACGCUGGUUUUCAGUACGAAGGGUCAGAGGUAUCUGCGGGUGGGUCUGGCUGUGCCUCUGUUUGGUUCCCUGUCUUCUCUGAGAGCCAUGGUGGCAGAAGAGGGCAACAUCUCCCCAGACCAGGUAAUCCUGUCGGAGCUGUACUCCACAGGGUUCCAACGCUCCUUUUCAGAUGACGAUGACCUGACAGCGAUUGCUGAUAGCGAUGUGGUCUACGCCUUCCAGGCUCCUCCUCUCUAUAGUCGCGGUGGCUCCGCACCAGUCUCAGGGUAUCACCACAGCCUCCCCUCUUCUCCCUACACUUCUACGUCUGGUCCUGAUGGACAUAGAUUACCUCCAUGUGGCACCCUCUCCUCUGAAUACCUGAACCAGAGCAGUUCCACGAAGGUCCUCCUCCUCAUCUGCAACACAGCAGGAUCUGGACAGCAGGCUGUCAGGUUUGGACCUCCAUUUCUCAUGCGUGAGGACAGGAGCAUCUCUUGGGACCAGCUGCAGCAGAGCAUCCUCAGCAAGCUCUAUUAUCUAAUGCUGAAUGGAUCUCAGGCUCAGAACGUCGGGGUGUUGUUUAAGGUCAGAGUUGUGGGAGGAUCAGCAUCCUAUAGCUACCUUUCACCACAGGACAACAGGCCGCUGUAUCAUCCUGCAGUCGAAAGGGCUCUGAAGUUCUGUGGCCCUGGUGGACCUCCCCAUGUCAAACUUGUCAUUGAGUGGGAUCAUAAGACAAAAGAAUGUCUGUUUGGGAGCAUUCAGGAAGAGGUGGUCAAGGACGCAGAGAGUGUGAGGAACCAGCAGCAGCAGCAUCUGCAGCAACACAGCUGUACCCUGGAUGAGUGCUUCCAGCUGUAUACCAAAGAAGAACAGCUUGCCCCAGAUGACGCCUGGAAGUGCCCCCACUGUAAGCAGCUUCAGCAGGGUAUGGUGAAGAUGAGUCUGUGGACGCUUCCUGACAUACUCAUCCUUCAUCUCAAGCGCUUCCGACAGGUGGGUGAACGGAGAAACAAGCUGUCGACCCUGGUGCGUUUCCCCCUGACUGGAUUGGACAUGGCCCCCCAUGUAGUCAAAAGGAGUCAGAGCAUGAGGAACCUGAACCUGGGGGCCUGGCCCCCCUCCUGGAAGCAGCCCUCAGGCCAACAUCACCAACCCGCUGACUUCACCCUUCCUCAUGACUAUUUGUACGACCUCUACGCUGUGUGUAACCAUCAUGGAGGAAUGCACGGAGGACAUUACACUGCCUAUUGUAGGAACUCGGUGGAUGCCCAGUGGUAUAGCUACGAUGACAGCAGUGUCGAUCUGGUGCCAGAGGAAGAAGUGUGUACCAGAGGAGCCUACAUCCUUUUCUACCAACGACGCAACACAAUCCCCCCGUGGUCGGCCAGUAGCUCCCUGAGAGGCUCCACAAGUUCAUCCAUGUCAGACCACUGGCUCAUCCGGUUAACAGGCGACAGUAAAAGAGGAAGUCUGGUCUCUCGAUCUUCCACCACCUGCCCGUCUUCCAUACCUGACUCUCCAGAGUCCCCUGUCUUCCUUGACAAUGAUUCUAAAGAGGAAAAAGGGGGGUUUGAGAGCAGACCUUUCAUCCGGGGUCUCCAGGGUCGCAGUGUGAGCAUGAGAACCCCCAGCAAGUCCAAGGACACCCUGAGCAAAGUGCUUCCUCUGCGCUGGUCGCUUGGUUCCAAGGACAGACGAAAACCUGACCCAGUGCCUCCCCCAGUCCAAGACCCUGCUCCUGUUGAGUUGGUGCAGUACUUGGAAUCUGGCAGACGUCCACGAUGCACAAAGGAUCCAAUAGUGGCGCUGAUGAGCGGACCGCCUGGCACCAGAGAAGCUGCUGAAGGCCAAGCAGCUGGCCGGUCUUCUAGUGUUGGGAGUAUAAGUCAUUUGGGUGUUGGAGAAGUGGCACCAGAGUCUCCCCAGGUCCCUCAGGGCCAGAGGAGACCAUCAGACAAGACACCCAGUUUGAGAAAUAGCAAGACCAGCCACGCAGCCGACGAGGUCCCCGCGGUAAGCAGUAGUUCCAGUAGUAACACUCUAACCAGGAGGAAGGAUUCCAGGAAACAGAGCUCCUCCAAAGACAGUGAGACAAAAAGAAGACCGAGUGCUGGAGUUCAGCCCAGCUACAGCACUCCCAGCCUUCACGACGGGACACUGAGAAGACACAAAGGGGAAAAAGGGGAAAGGGCUGACCACGGUACAAAUGAAGGAAAUUCAAAGCCCAAAAAAGGUGAAGUGCCCAAGAGCCAUGAGGGACUUCUGUCGUUCUUCAAAGGUAACUUCCUGAAGAAAGACAAGGAUUCAAGAAAAUCCAGAGAGGGUGAUUCAGGGAAGGGGGGAGGUGAGGUAGGAGGUAGAAGGACCCUGUCAAGGCUGUCACUGUCCAACGGAGCAGCAGGAGGCGGAGGUGGAGGUGGAGCCGGGGCCGAGGGGGGCAGAUCCAACGGCUCAGGCUAUGUAGGUGAUGAGAUCGCAAAUGGGAAAGUGGGCCGAACUACGUCAGACAUCAAACGCUCCCAGAGCUCUUCAAACAUCCCUACAAAGGCAGAGCAGAGCAUGCGUAGGACAGCAUCUUUGCAUCGUAACGGGAUGUCUACGGCUCCAGCACAGUCCCGCAGCCUGACAACAGACAAGCCUUCAUACAGCACCCUGCAGAGGCCUCGUUACAGCACAACCUCCCUCGGACGCAAAAGGACGGUCCCCGAGUCCAGCUUUUGACACUGAGAUGUUCACAUUUACGCACACACAAAGCCUUUUAUUUGACAGAAAAUGAAUGACGUCCAUUCUCUGAGAUCAAAGCAAUAGCGUUGAAUUCACAGCGGUACACUAUGUUGCUCCCAGAUAAUAAGCGGGCUGGAGUGGCAAUUUACAUUGCCCCGGCUGCACCGGGGCAAUGUAAAAGCAAAAUGCAAAGCAGCAAAUGAGAUUCUAUUUAUUCUGGGUUAGAAAGAGCAGAAUUAAAUGAUGUGACCGAUCCAUCAAAUAUCAGAGGCAGUCCAUCUCUAUUCUGGUUUCUAUGAAUUAAAACAAGUGCCUGAGCAACAUAUAUGCAGUUUAAGUCAAUGAGCUUUUGUCAGUUUAGCACUGGAAAACAUGAAGUCCUUUACACGCACACAUGCACAUGCAGAAUAACUGCAUUUAUGUCUAUUAUGUGUUGAAAUCUAUCACUGUUUUUUAAUUAACAGUUUUUUUCUCUUACUGUCAACACACUGAUUUUGUUUAUUUUGUCAGAAUGUAUUUUGCCUACUUGUGGCACUUGAAGGCUAUAGUUUCUGUAUGAUAUUAAUUAUAUUCAGUUCAUUGUUAAAUGUCCUAUACUUAUCUGUGGUAGGACAGGGUUUAUUUCCAUGUGUCUCAGAGGGAAUGGAUUAUUUCUUGAAGAGCAAACCCACAGUUGAAAGAACAAGACCAUAAUUGCAGUGACUUUUUGGAGAUUAUCUGUAUUCUGUACGAUCACUGAUGCUGGGGAUCUUAAUUGUUGUUUGGUUAAUGGUUUAUCCAGGUACAAGGAUGUUCUUAUAUCGCUAUCUGACAAAUAUCCCUGGUUCUACAUUCUGUAUUUCUAUCUUUUUUCCACCUAAUAUUUAUGGGUGCCUCCUCGUCUAUUCCAUUUCUAACGUAAGAGCCCAUAUCAAUUCAGCUGUGUAAUGGAAAGAUCCAGCAUUACUUUCUUUUUUGCUCAAAAAUAACUAUUAUUUUAGGAAGAAAUUAUUUUGUGGAGUGUCAGCGAAUAACAUGCAACAACCAUCAUCCAAACCAGGACUCUAAGCAACUCAUGCACAACUUUAUUAACAGCUACUGGGUUUCACACCUUUCAUGAUGUCUUAUCCCCAUUUAGCCAAACUUACUUUUUUCAUCAGUACUUGGCACUCACUGAAGAUGUACUUGACAUUAAAUAAAGCUGCAGUGUAGGAAUGUCAUAAUUAGUGAACCACAUUGCCAUUAGAGGAAGACAACAACAUCUUUCUGCUUGCUAAUUAUAGAUAUAUGAAAUAUGAUAAUUAGCUUUACUUUGACUUAUGUUCACACCAAUAUUCAUUCAAAAGCCUCUGAAAUCCUGUUUCUUUCAUGAUUCAGAUGAAUAAACAGCCUACAUACUAUGAAUCAAUAUUGUUUCAAGUUCACAAAUACAUCCCUCAAUGGCAAUUUAAGUUGUUAUAGGAGUAUCUAACUGCAAAAAUGGAUUCAACAUGCAUCAUUAUGUACAUUCAGAGUUAACAUCUCCUUAAUU